AUGAAACCCCGUCUCCACCCGACCCCAACCCUCUUUGUGUCUGCCGUGAUUCUAGCCAUCGUUGUUCGUUUUCCGCCCAUCUGCUGCCAAGCUACUUCACGAUAUGAUGCUUGUGGUGAGUCGGUCGAGUGUGGGAACGAUCAACUCGGGUACCCGUUUUGGGGGUCAGGCCGUCCUGCUUAUUGUGGCCACUCGGGUUUUCAGCUCACUUGCCAAUCCGGUGUUUUCUUACUCAACUACGAAUCGGUAGACUAUCGAGUCUUACGAAUGGUUACCAGUACACAAGUAAUCACCAUUGCUAGAAAUGAUCUUUAUACCGACUCUUGCCCUCGAUAUCUCCACAACACCACCUACAACUCGACACUCUUCAACGACGAUAAUUUUGGCCAAGAGAAUGUAUCCUUGUACUACGGGUGCAAUUCUAAUCUAACAACGGUUCCGUUGCCAUCUGCUCGUUACAUAUUUGAUUGUGUUGUGAAUAACACCCAAACUGAAAGUUACUUCUACAGAACCAGUCUGAUAGAGAACAACUUGGUCAACUUCAGUCAGUGCAACAAUCAUAUCACUGUACCCGUGAAUCAAACUUGGGCUACUCAAUUGGGGUUGCCCACUGCUACAAUGAAUCAGCUAAGAUCAGCUCUGACUUCUGGUUUCAAUCUACGGUGGACGGUGUAUAAAGACGAGUGUGAUCGGUGUAUGCGGUCCGAAGGUCGAUGUGGGUCCAAUUCGACUUCCAUGGAGUCGUUUGCUUGUUAUUGUGCUAGCGGGGAAUUCUCGCAAACUUGUAACAAUUCGAAUGAAGAAGGUAAGUGAUUUUGAAUUUCCAACAAAUUUAACACGAAAUGGAAGCUUGUAAUAGGAUUUUCAUGUGGCAUAGUUGGAACUAUGCUCCUACUAUUUGUGAUACUCUAUCGAAAAAAGAGGUUACUUGAAACUUAUAAAGCCUCAAAUCAUCAAAUAGAGAUCUUCAUAAGGAACCAUGGAAGUAUGGCGCCUGAAAGAUUCAAGUAUUCAGAAAUCAAGAAAAUGACAAACUCAUUCGUUGCAAAAUUGGGACAAGGGGGGUUUGGAAGUGUCUACAGAGGACAAUUGCAUAAUGGAAGUUUAGUUGCAGUGAAGCUCUUGGAUGGAGCCAUGGGAGAUGGAGAAGAUUUCAUUAAUGAAGUCGCUAGCAUCAGUCGAACUUCUCAUGUCAACGUAGUCACGCUCUUAGGUUUCUGCUUUGAGGGAAAGAAAAGAGCCCUCGUGUACGAAUUCAUGCCAAAUGGAUCCUUGGAUAAGUUUCUACGUGAUGAUGGCGCUCGUUUGGACUGGAACACGUUGUUCAAAAUCUCAAAAGGGAUUGCAAGAGGUCUAGAGUACCUGCACCAAGGCUGUAACACAAGAAUCGUGCACUUCGACAUAAAGCCUCACAACAUUCUCUUGAACGAGGAAUUUGUCCCAAAAAUAUCUGACUUUGGGUUGGCCAAGUUGUGCAAGAGGAAAGAGAGUAUUUUGUCCGUAAUGGGUGCAAGAGGUACAGCAGGAUACAUGGCUCCUGAGGUAUUUUUCAAGAGUCUUGGAGGGGCAUCUCACAAAUCGGAUGUGUAUAGCUAUGGAAUGAUGGUUCUUGAAAUAACUGGUGCACGUAGAAACAGUAACGCAAGUGCAAGCGAAGAAUAUUUUCCAGAUUGGAUAUACAAGCAAGUAGAAGCUGGAGAUAAUCUGGGGAUAAAUAGGGUGACAUCCGAAGAGGAAGAGGAAUUAGCUAGGAAGAUGGUGACGGUGAGCCUGUGGUGCAUCCAGUCUGAUCCAUCUGAUCGACCAUCGAUAAGUAAAGUUGUGGAGAUGUUGGAAGGAAGUUUAGAAUCAUUGCAAGUUCCGCCUAGACAUUUUUGGUCGUCUUCCACUAGGCCUGCCCAAGGCACAUUGCCAUCAGAGACAUUGACUUCAACUUCAAUCAGUGAAAGACUGCAGAGCAAAGCUUUCUCUUCCUAAUCCUCAACUCUUUUUGAGAUAUGUGAAAACUUCUACAUUAAGAUUUUGUUUCACACGAUUUUUCCAUCUAAGUCUAAUAUUUAAUGUAUUCAUUGACACAUAUUAUUUUACAAUGUGUUUAUUUCAUAUGUAUUCGGUUCACAAUGUGAAACUCCUAAGUGUAUCUUUUGUUUCAUAAACA